CAUAACAGGGGAUCUUCUAAUCAUAAUAACGUGCCACGCUUCAAAUUGGGAUCUUCUAAUCAUAAUUUCGCUUGACGUUGGAUCUUCGAUCCUGCGUUAACCGUGAGUAUGGAGCUGGACAAUUAUUACGAAACAAUCCACAAGAGGGACAUAUUUAUGUUCUUGUUUGGACUAGCCGCGGGUUUCAUGUUCGGCGUGUCUUUUAUGCUGGAUAACCCUGCAACCGACUACUACUCUGUCAAUCUCACCGGCGUCACCGCUUCGUCAACGACCUCGCCGCCGGCGCUCAACUUUACUCCCCACGUCGAGAACAAAGGUUUGGUGUUCGAAAACUGCUUCAGCCACGGGCAAGCGGCCGUGUCGUACGCCGGCGUUGUCAUCGGAGAAGGGCCUGUGCCGGGCGUGUGCGCAGAGCCGGGAAGGAAGGGAACCGCGGAGGUGACGGCCCUGGCGCACGGCGGCGGCGGAGGAGCGCCGCUGUCGGACAGCCAGAGGAAGCGCCUGGAGUCCGAGAUGCGGUCGGGAUCUGCAGAGUUUGACGUGGAAGCCAAGCUGUUCCGCGAUGGCCACAUAAGGGGCCCCGUCGUGCUGUGGUGCAAACUCGGACUGCAAGAGUUGCAGCAGCCUUCGGAUUGCAAGUCUUUCACUGAUUUGGGACGCAGGGCCAUGGAGCAAUUUUGGAUAUGAACAUGCUGCGAUCUGGCCGAUCCUACACGCGUCUCUGCAACAAAUUUUCAAUCACCAAUUAUGUAUGCUUAAUCAGUUGGGAUGUAAAGUUUAAGUUUAUCUUGAACCAUUAACUGUUGUGUUUGGUCCAAUUUAUUUGAAACCGAGGCAAAAGAUAUGUCCCAUGAAUUAAUUGAUCAGAAGAGAGUUUUUCAGUUAAUUAACGAAAACCAGGUAAAAACCAUGAUAAUCCGCUGAGCACACAUAAUACCUCACACACACCUCCAGGUGGUCCGCAUUGUCUGAGUCCGACGUGGCAAACGUUCGGACUCCCCAGUUUGAUCCUAGUUUGU